GCCUGGUCUUCUCAACUAUUUUAAAACUCCUACGGUUUUGCAAUAUGAUGAAGAUUGGAAUGUAUUGCAAUGGGGUCAAAUAGCUCUCGUUGAAAAGCCCGUAAGAAGUCCGUCAACACAAAGGGCAGAGUCGCAUCCAGUAGAGUUGUUUAAAUUGCAUUUGUCUUCUUUGAGAUCUUGGGAAAAACCUUGGCUUCCUGAGGGAUUAGAUCAUGUAAAAGCGAUAACUGAUUAUUUAACAGAAAUGCAAAAGAUUAUUAAGGAAAAAAUGAAAACUCGUUGGCCAGCGUUAGAAUUUCCGCGACAAUUUAAGUUAAUUUUGACUGUACCCGCAGAAUGGCAUGAAAAUACAAGAAACGUGCUACAAAAGGCGGCCUAUAAUGCUGGAUUAUUGGAUAAUAUCAAUUCACGAAAUUUAAAUUUUAUUACAGAAUCUGAAGCUGCUGCCAUACAUUGCAUGUCUAUAUUAAAGGAGCAUAAUCUAAAACCAGGAGCAAACUUUGUGGUUGUUGAUUGCGGCGGGAGCACAGUCGACAUAACUAUAAGACAAUUAUUAGACAACAAGCUAAGCGAAAUCAUUGAACGAUCUAGCGAUCUAUGCGGCUCGACAUUUAUCGAUCGCGAGUUUACGAGGUUCCUGAAGACAAAACUUGGUUAUAACGCUAUUGAAAAACUGAAAAAAAGCCAUUAUAAACAAAUGCAAUAUCUAAUACAAAAAUUUUUCUUUUCUCGCGUCAAAUGCCCAUUCGACGGCGAGCGCGUAUCAUUUCACACAAUUGAACUUGGUGUUCCAUGUUAUUGUCCGGCUGUAUUAGAUUAUGUAGACGAAGAAAGGAGGAAACAGAUGGAGGAGGCCGAUUGGCUGAUUGAAAUUACGUUUGAUGAUGUGAAAGGAAUGUUUGAUCCUGUGGUAGAGCGUAUUAUUGAUUUGAUUGAACGGCAGUUGGAGGGAUCAAAACGAGAGUGUGAUGCUCUUUUUCUUGUUGGAGGAUUUAGUGAGUCGCCUUAUUUAGUAAAGAAGAUUAGACAAUUGUUUAGUGAGACGAUUAGUGUAAUCGCUGUUCCGCCUUGUCCGAUUGCUGCUGUUGUUUGCGGUGCAGUGUCUUAUGGACUUAACACAAUACAAAACCGUAGACUAAGAUAUACAUACGGAAUCAAAAUUCUCGACGAAUUCAAACCCGGAUUCGACCCAAAGAAAAGAUUAACCAAAGAUGGACGUAUUUACCGAUUCAAGCCAUUAAUAAAACGCGAUACCCUAAUUGAUGUCGAUGUAAAAGUUACACACAAAUUUGUGAUGGAUCAAACUGAGUACAUAAUGAAUUUAUUCGCGGCGAGUAAUGACCAAACUCGUUAUUGCGACGAAGAAGGUGUUUUUUUAGUGGCUACUUUGAGAAUCGAGACACCAAAUGCUCAUUUUAGUCGACCAAUGGAGCUUGUGCUGACUUUUGGAACAACCGAGGUUAAAGCAAGUGUGAAAAAUUCGCCAACUGGAGAAACUAUAACAACAUGCUUCAAAUAUGUCGAAUGA